UCCCCUGCUCCGCUGCGGUCGCGUCCAUCGGUCUUCAGCGGCUUGGCCAUGACGGCGCACAGCUUCGCGCUGCCGAUGGUCCUCUUCUCCGUCUUCUGGGGGCUCGUGGGGUUCGCGGGGCCGUGGCUCGUGCCGAAGGGGCCCAAUCGCGGAGUGAUUAUCACCAUGUUGGUGACAACUGCUGUUUGCUGCUAUCUUUUCUGGCUAGUAGCAAUCUUGUCUCAAGCUAACCCACUGUUUGGACCCCAGCUGAAGAAUGAGACCAUCUGGUACGUGCGCUUCCUGUGGGAGUGACCUGGGCCCACUGCAGACCAAUUCAGCAGGCUUUGUUUUGAUGCUAGAUGCAGCUGUACCCCUUGCCCCUUCCAGUAUAGACUCAAUGAUCUUUAAUUCACAACCCAAACCCCCCACAGCAAUAGGGCCAAGACCCAAGCACAUCAAGGGACCAUUUUAUGUAUUUGACCACCACCCUGUUCUUACUGUUUUAAUGGGUGCAUCUUGGGGUAUCUACCCUUGCUGUGAAGUUGUAACUAAUGUCCCUCCCUUGGCAGCUGGGGUAAACAGUUGCAUCUUGGCAGUCUUGUGAUUAACGCUAAGAACGAAUCACUGCUGAUGAAGCUGUGUAAUAUCCCCCUUUCCUUCCGGUUUCAAUGGCGACGGUGGCCUCACACACUUGCUCUCUCUACGUGUUGCUCUAUCUAAGCGAUGAGGCUGCUGGGCCAGGGUGCAUUGGCCUCGACUUCCCUCUUCCUCUGUGUGGGUUCCCAGUUGUAGAUGUAUUUAUCUGGUGUAAAAUUGUAUUGUGAAAAUAAAAAAUUCAGGAUGUCAUCUUUUCUUUCUGUACUGUUUG